AUGGCGUCUCAAGUGUGUGCUAGCACAGAAACUACCGUACCCGAGUCCAAUCCGCCGUGUGCUGCCCCCGGUAACCCGGAUGCAGCGCUCUUGCUUGCCUGGGCAAAUUUGCUCAGCCAGCAGUUCCAGGCUCCUGUAUCUGCGCCUUGUGUUCCUGCACAUCUUCCUGUACUCGUGGAUCUGCUCGGCCGCGGGGUCGUGACCUCGAGACCAGCAUCAGAAUGCUGCGACAUAUCCGGGCCUGCCUCUCCCAGCAGGAAACGGCCACGUGACGCAGAAACUGGGCCGCCGUCUGAUAUCUGUGCAUCUCCACGAAGCAAGGCUAUGCCCGAAGGUGAAGAGGAUUCUGCGGUUCCUGCCAAGUCUGAUGUCAUCCAGCCUCCGGCAGUCGAGACCAACAGUAGCCAGGGUCGACCCAUCAGUUACGUCACCUUGAAUGCUGACAGAACACAUUGGAUAAUCUCAACUCCAGUGAACGGCGGUAUACUUCGUCACUUCCUUCCGCCAACAAAAGACCGCCUGGAUGACAUCCUUUCCUUCCAUGUGCCGGCAGAAGUGCACGCACAAAAUCAGGUCCCCGCCAACCCCUGCUUCAUAUAUACUGUUUCAUCGCCCAAAGAGUCCGGCCAACAAGUGAAGAAUGGCAUCGAUAGGGCAUCCUUAUUCUACGACACUAAUCAGGAGCUCGUCACUAAUGCUCCCUCGAGACAAGAUGAUCCGGAACGAACGACAGCGGCGCAGCCAGCACAUGGGCACCCUUCCUCCGCCAAGGCGGAGACUUCUCUAAACAGCGAAGGCUCCCACUUUCGGCCUUACUUGCAGACUGCUCCAGUCUCGCAGUCGCAAACGCCAUCGGCCUCGCCGUAUUCAGAUCAUGUUGGAGUUAGUCCAGGUGAAAACUUCGAGACUGCUCUGCCGGUGCAAAUGUCUCAUUUGGGUAUCCGUUGGAAUGCCAUCUCGCAUGCACCUGGCUGGCCAGCUGCUGACGUGGUUUCGGAAAAGACGCAGUUACAUACACUAUGCGGGCACAUGGAAGCGGAGUCAACCGAUGUCUUCCACAGCACGAGCGACAAAGGCUGCACGACGAGGACAUGUUGUACCGAAGAUGAGUUUCCGCUAGACGGAGAAAAGCAAGAGGCCACUGAAGCAUAUUCCGAAAUGGCGAAGAAGCUGCCCAAGUUGGCAGGAGUUAUUUUCGAUCGUGUGCAUGCUCGUUGGGUUUCAACGUAUCAUGACAAAGAAACCAGGAAAGUCAUGCGCAAGUACUUUGGGGUCCGCAAGCAUGGUUUUGAACAGGCAUACAACAUGGCGGUGCGUCAUCGUAAGCUGAAAAUCAUGUCUAAGCAUGCUGAGAACGACCCCGAAGCAGGACUGCUUGAUGAUGUGAGGACUGACAGCGCUGAUGUUCAGUGUGCAGAAGCACCUGGAUCUUUGGAGGCAGCAGUGAAUAAAAACGUAUGCUACGAAACUUUGUUCAAGACGCUGCCUCGUGUCACUGGUGUCUCGUAUGAUUCUUAUGCGAUGAAAUUUCGCGCUGGAUAUAUGUCAAAUGGUAAAUGGAAUGUCAAGGAUUUUCCAAUACGCAAAUACGGGACAUUCGCAGAGGCAUACAGGCGUGCAGUGUCGUGUCGUCUUGGGAACUCCAGGACGGAGUGCUCGCGAAACGACCCGGCCAAGACGGUGGCGGUUGCUGAAGUGUCAGCUACUAAUGCGUGA